AUGCAUCUGCGGGGCCCAGACAGAUUCAAUGGCUUGGGCUACCGGGGUGGUGCCUGGGAUGAGCAGGGGUUUGGAGUCGCUUUCACUGCAAGGUCCUUCAGCUCCAGGUCAGACCUAGGCCGUUGGAUGAUGACUCCCCUAGACACCCCGGGCAGCCACAACCUCCACUGGGGUGAGAAAAGCCCGACCUACGGUGUGAACCUCCACCUGCACCCCGUUGGAGGGCCCCGGCAGAGGAAUUCUUUCCCGGCAGCGGCAAGGCAGUGGCAGCUGCAGGGGCAGAGCAGUGAACCAUUGAAUAGAUUUGCUGGAUUUGGUAUUGGACUUGCAUAUCUCUUCACAGAAAAUGUAUUGGCUCAUUCUUUCAUCAUUCUAUGCCUCCAAUGUCAAGUUAAUUACCAUGCUAGGCAUUAUCAUCUCACUCCAUUUACAGUCAUCAACAUUAUGUACAGCUUCAACAAAACUCAGGGACCCAGACCCCUCUGGAAAGAAAUGGGAAGUACAUGCAUUGUCCGAGGAGUCACACUUGGAGCAGAAGGCAUAAUUAGUGAAUUUCUACCUUUGCCAAGGGAGGUUUCACACAAAUGGAAUCCUAAACGAAUAGGGGAACACCUUCUACUGAAAGCCAUAAUUUAUAUUGUGGUAAUGCCUUUUUAUUUAGCAAGUCUAAUGGAAACAGUCCAGACUGAAAGUAGUAGCCCUGUGCAGAGUAUGUUGCAUGCUUAUUUUCCAGAACUUAUUGCUAACUUUGCUACCAGUCUUUGCACUGAUGUUAGACUCUUCCCACUGGAAAAAAUUUUGCAUCACCUUCACAUUCAAGGAACAUGCACAGUAAUUGACAAUACAGACCUUGGCUAUGCAGUGCUUCCAAUUAAUACACAGUAUGAGGGAGACUGUAUCAAUACUAUAAAGUAGGGGGAAGGAGUCCUUGGUUUUUAUAAAGGGCUUGUUGCUGUUAUAAUACAGUACACAUUACAUGCAGCUGUCUUACAGAUCACCAAAAUUAUUUACUCUACACUUCUUCAAAAUAGCAUUUUAAAUAACUAUCACUAG